AUGCUGAAUCAUCAAAUUGCACCAAGUUACGGCGAUGCACCAUGGUCAUCAUACUAUAAUGAUGAAUAUGCAACGACCACACCUUGGUACGAUUUGUUUUGGCAUCGUUAUGGUAAAAUUACCCGACGAAAGUUCGAUAGUAUACAAAUUGGCAUGACUAGACAACAAGUUACGGAUAUUAUCGGUGGACCUGGACGUGUUACUAGCGAGUCACAACUUCUCAAUAUUCAUGUGGUUAGAAUCAUCUAUCAGGGCCGUUUUUGGAGCCCGAAGUCUGCAACUUUAGUGUUCUACAAUGGUUUGCUACGAUGCAAAUCACGAUAUUGA